AUGCGUUGGUUCCUGGGCCGUGAUCCAGUGAUCCACGCUGUAGGUAACUCCUACUUGCAGGUGAGUGAUACCAGAGACUCUGCCACUGUCCCUGUGGUGACCACCCAGGUGAAGCUGGGGGUCUGCAGCCAUCAAGGUGACGAUGGGUUUCUUCAUCCCCAUCAGGAUCAGGAGCUCCAGGCCUUCCUCAGCCUUCUGGAGGACAGCUUUUUCCAGGAGUUCCUCUCCAAAGACUACUGCUUCCCGAUUUCAGAUGAGUUGAGGAAACAAAGUGGGUACCUCCUGGCUUUGGUGCUGGUCUACUUCCAGUGUGCUAACCUGAUGCUCCGCCAUCACAGCCGCGACAGCCUGUUCUCGGCACAGUUCUUUUCAAAUCACAUGGAGGAGGGCUUAGAGGAACCCAAAUGUGAGAUUUUUCCAUGGACCCUGGGGAAAGAUUGGUGUUUCCAGGUAGGGAAGUUCCUGCACCAAAGGGACAUGCUGUGGGCACAAAUGGUCUUCUGAGACAUUGUGAACCGCCAGUGCUGUGAGCAGGUCAUGGCCAACCCACUGGGCCUGGACCACAGUGGGGUUCAGAGGGGCUGCUGUCAGGCCAGGACCCUUUCCCAUCCAUCCCACACUGUGGCCUGUAUGGUUUGUCCCAGCAUCACAGGUGUGACGGGAGCUGAGUGA